UUAAUAUAUACCUGCACAUUCGUAGUAGAGAACAGUUAUACUUGGAGAUAAAGGAAGAAGACGGAUGGGUAAAGGGAAGCAGAAAAUUGAAAUUAAGAAAAUCACUAAAGAAUCAGCAAGAAAGGUGGCAUUUUCGAAGAGACGCAAAGGACUUUUCAAGAAAGCUGUGCAACUUGAAUCCAAGACUGGUGCUAAAGUUGCCAUUCUUGUUUUCUCUUCCUCAGGAAAACCCUACACUUGUGGGGACGUGGAAACGCUUUGUGGUAUUUCCGAUUCAUUCAAUCUUCAAACGCAUUCUGAGUCAAAUAGUAUUUGGGAUUCAUUCAAUCUUCAAACGCAUUCUGAGUCGAAUGGUAUUUGGGACUCAUUCAAUCUUGAAAGGCCUUGUGAGUCGAAUGGUAUGUGGGAUUCAUUCAAUAUAAUUGAAGGGCCUUGUUCAUCCUCUGGGAAGAAUGGUAUGUGGGAUUCAUUCAAUCUUGAAAGGCCUUGUUCAUCCUCUGGGCAGAGUGGUAUGUGGGACUCAUUCAAUCUUGGAAGGCCUUGUGAGUCGAAUGGUAUGUGGGAUUCAUUCAAUAUAAUUGAAGGGCCUUGUUCAUCCUCUGGGCAGAAUGGUAUGUGGGAUUCAUUCAAUCUUGAAAGGCCUUGUUCAUCCUCUGGGCAGAGUGGUAUGUGGGACUCAUUCAAUCUUGAAAGGCAUUGUUCAUCCUCAGGAAUCCCAUCUGGGUCGAAUGGUAUUUGGGAUUCGUUCAAUGUUGAAACGCAUUGUUCAUCCUCUGAGUCGUGUGGUAUGUCUGAUUCAUUCAAUGUUGAAACACAUUGUUCAUCCUCUGGGCAGAGUGGUACGUGGGAUUCAUUCAAUGUUGAAGCAUGUCAUAACGUGAAUGAACUCUUGCUGUUGAAGGCACACUUGGAAAGUACAAGAGAAAAGCUGCUGGAGUCUCAGUUUCUUGACUCUCUCUGGUCAUGAUCAAUUUUUUUUUAUUUUUUCUUUAAUUACUUCCAUGGCUGUGAAUUAACUUGUAGAUUUUUUGUGAGAAAUUCUUUAAAUAAAUAUUCAGUCUUUGCAGGUUUUA